AUGAUCCAGGCGGCCGGGAAGCUGGUGCUCAUUGAUAAGCUGCUUCCCAAGCUGAUUGCUGGUGGGCACAAGGUGCUCAUCUUCUCCCAGAUGGUGCGCUGCCUUGACAUCCUGGAAGACUAUCUCAUUCAGAGGCGGUACACCUACGAGCGCAUCGAUGGGCGGGUGCGCGGGAACCUGCGCCAAGCUGCCAUCGACCGCUUCUGCAAACCCGACUCGGAUCGCUUCGUCUUUCUCCUGUGCACGCGAGCGGGUGGGCUGGGCAUCAACCUGACCGCUGCUGACACCUGCAUCAUCUUUGAUUCGGACUGGAACCCACAGAAUGACCUCCAG